AUGCAUGCGGAGAAGAAAAAUAACUUGAAACCCACGAUAUCGGCGCCUUCAAUUGACGACCAUACUAUCACCCCUUCCAAUGGGUUUUCAGAAAAUCCACCACCUGAAAUUUACUUCCCGGACGACAAGCGAGACAAUAAUGAUAUUGAUCCCGAGCAAGCCCAAGCAGUAGCACAUCCCGAGACAGGAGCUCCUCCAGACGGCGGUUAUGGCUGGGUGUAUGUACUGUGUGUAUUUUUGAUCAAUGCUCACACGUGGGGGAUUAAUAGUUCCUACGGAAUCUUUCUCGCCCAUUACCUAGAAACCAACACAUUUCCCGGAGCGAGCGAUUUAGAUUUCGCAUUUGUGGGUGGUCUUUCCCUCAGCAUGGCUCAAUUCAUUGCGCCCGUCGCUACGAUCACCACACGAGAAUGGGGGAUGAGGGCCACCUUAACGAUAGGAAUCAUAUUGCAGACGGCAGCAUUAUUAGGCGCGUCAUGGUCAACUGAAAUUUGGCAAUUAUUUUUGAGCCAGGGCUUGUGUUUUGGUUUAGGGAUGAGAAUACAGUCCAGCGCUACUGUUGGUAUUAUUUCUCAGUGGUUUGAUCGUCGACGCUCUCUUGCGAAUGGUAUGGGCACGGCGGGGUCAGGAAUUGGAGGGCUUAUAUAUUCGUUGGCAUCUAGCGCGCUCAUUCAAAGGUGGGGUACUGGCUGGGCUUUUCGAAUUUUGGCUAUUGCAUCAGCUGCUGCAUGUGGCCUUUCCGCUACCAUGAUUAAAGAUCGCAAUAAAGCAAUUGGAGCUAUUCAAGUUGCUUUUCAUACCGGCCUCCUGAAAAGACCAGAGUUUCUACUCACCUUAGUCUGGGACUGUUUGAGCGUCUUGGGGUCUAUUCUUGGUGCUAUGUUCAAUCUUGGAGGAGGCGUUGGCCGACCCGUUAUAGGAUACAUUAGCGAUGAUUUCGGAAGAAUAAACACAGCACUUGUUUGUACAUUCUUGGCUGGUCUUUUUUCUCUUGCAGUCUGGAUCUUUGCCAAAAGUUUUGGGAUCCUCAUCUUCUAUGCUUUGAUUGGUGGCGCUGUUUCCGCAACCUUUACCACUACCGUUGCUCCGGUGGGCGCUGAAGUUGUAGGGUUACCACUCUUGCCAUCUGCUCUGUCUAUAUUCUGGGUUUCAGUAGUCAUACCGAGCACAUUUGCCGAACCAAUUGCGCUUUGGUUGCGAACUAAAAAUGGAACCAAUUUCCUGCAUGCCCAGAUAUUCACUGGCUUUAUGUACAUGGGAGCAACCAUUUCCCUUUGGCUGGUGCGAACAUGGAAGAUCUCAGAGUUUCAUAAGACUGAUACUGAUGAUGCUGUCAAUUAUGAGGCCAGGGUCCGGGGCAAAGUUGGUGUGCCUCAGGACUCCAUGGUGGCCCAGAGAGUGGGUACAGUUCCCAGUGUGAUGAGCAAGGUAAAGUCUUCUUGUUCAAAAUGGUGA